AAUCUCUCCAAAAAUACCAAAAAACAAUUUUUUCUCUAUCUUUCUGCAUUCCACAUUUUCCCUAAAUUUCCAUCUAGAUUCUUCCCCUUCCUUCACCCACACUCGUCAUGAAGAAGUCCGGCAUCCUCGCCGCCUCUGUCGCCGCCGCGUCCGCCACCGCCGCCUCCCUGUCCUCCUCCUCCCAUCAGGAUGAUAGGAGAACCCGCGAGAACGCUUCCUCGCAGAAUUCAUCUUCUUCUUCGAACGAGAAAUUUGCACCCAGAUUUGAUGGCUUGCGUUUCAUUGAAACCCUCGUAACUGCCCACAGAUGAGGAUAUAUAGGUUUUCGAUUUCUCCUCCAAUUGGGCCUCGAUUCUUCCUCGUUCGUCAUAUGUGAGAAAAAUUUUAACUUCUUUUUUUUUUCCUCCUUUAGGAGCAUUAGAGAGAAAAGUUUUGUAAUGUUACGGGAACUAUUUUCUGGAUUUCCUUUCUGGGAAAUUAAAAAGUUAAAGCUUUUAGGUUUUUGUUUAUUCCCAAUUUUUAACAUCAAUAAUGGGUGACCCCUUGUAAGCCAAUCGAAAGUCAAAUUGUCAAUGACCCGUGUUUGUACCGAACAAUAUAUGUUAUUUGUACUAUGGGUUUCUCCAUUAUUAUCAGAGAAGAAAUACAAUUGGUUGUGCAUUUUUCCUUUUUC